AAAAUGGGGCUCAAAUUUCUCAAAUAUAUACACAGUUUAACGGUGCAUCUGCUCCAUUGCCACUGUAAACCCUAAGCAUUAUUUCUGCAACGAAUCAUCUGGUAUUCAAAUAUCAAUCUUAUCUUUGGGGACGAAUUGCCCAUACAUUGAUCAAGGGCCAGUUAACUUUUACGUUGUUCAUAAAUGCAGAUGGAUGGAGAUAAUUUGUCACACACCCAAAAGAAUUAUGCUGCAGAUCUAGAAUCCAUAAGAGAAGCUAAAACUCGGAUUGGGCCAUACAUACACACCACUCCAGUCCUCACGUCUUCCACGUUGGAUUCUAUCUCUGGGAGAAAAUUGUUUUUUAAGUGUGAGUUAUUUCAAAAGGGUGGAGCUUUUAAAUUCAGAGGUGCUUGCAAUGCUAUAUUUUCACUUCAGGAUGACCAAGCGGCUAAAGGGGUCGUAACGCACAGCAGUGGUAACCAUGCCGCGGCGGUGUCUUUGGCAGCAAAGCUACGAGGAAUACCAGCUUAUAUUGUUAUACCCAAAAAUGCUCCAAAAUGUAAGGUUGAGAAUGUCAAACGUUAUGAUGGCCAUGUUAUUUGGAGCAAGCCCACAAUGCAGUCAAGGGAGAGCACUGCUGCAAAGGUGCAAGAUGAAACUGGUGCCUUGUUGGUUCACCCAUUUAAUGAUGGCCGCAUUAUAAGUGGCCAAGGUACGAUAGCAUUGGAGUUACUGGAGCAAGUACCCAUGGUGGACACAAUAGUUGUUCCAAUAAGUGGAGGGGGUUUGAUUUCGGGGGUGGCCUUGGCUGCCAAGGCCAUGAACCCCUCAAUUCGGAUACUUGCAGCCGAACCUACAGGGGCAGAUGAUGUUGCGCAAUCCAAAGCAGCAGGAAAGAUAGUGACACUGGCUCAAACCCAUACUAUUGCAGAUGGACUGAGAGCUCAUCUUGGUGAUCUAACCUGGCCGAUUGUUCGAGAUUUGGUGGACGAAGUGAUCACAGUGGAGGAAGGUGAAAUUGUGGAAGCCAUGAGAAUGUGUUAUGAGAUACUGAAAGUAGCUGUGGAACCUAGUGGAGCUGUUGGCCUUGCUGCUGUUCUGUCACAGCAAUUUAGAGAGAUGCCAACAUUGAAUCAAUGCAAAAACAUCGUGAUUGUUCUUUCAGGAGGGAAUGUUGAUCUUGAAAUAAUUUGGAAAUCAUUGAGCCUGCAAAGCUGAUACCCAUAUUGAGCAUCACUGUUUUUUUUGUGUGGCGGUAUUCCAAAUAGAAUUAAGUAUAUGACUCUCUCUCAUAUAUAUAUUUUUUUCUACUUAAAUUGAAACAGAAGGCAAAAUUAUGGAAUAUCGCUGGUCUCAAAACCUGGAACCAGCAUGGUUCUUUCUGCCAAUCCACCAUAAAUCCCAACAUUGAUGUUUAUGGUGAUGUUCAGUGAGUGGCUCAUGGUAUGGAACCCUGGACCAUUCAGAUUAUUGGAGAUGAGUUGUGCGCUCUGAGAGAGAGAGAGAGAGAUGUGCACUGAGAGAGAUGAUGUUGGAUGAGAUGUGCACCGGAUGGGAGAGAAAUAUGGGGGGGAGUCAGUUUAGUUAAUGGAGAAUGCAGGAGGAGCAAAAUAGAAAGGCCAAGCAUAAUCACAUGGGGAAAGACAGCCGGGAUACACCUUUUUCUAGAGAGAGAGAGGGAUGACGCCUUGCUAACAAUUACACUAGUGGUGUGAGACAGGUAGCCAUGUACUUUGGUUGAACCUCAAGACUGCAAUUAACCUUUCACGUGAGCUACUCGCAUGGCUUUCAUAAAAUAUGACAACUAUCACUAUUGUUCAUGGCAACGCAGGCACCACUGUUUUGGAAUGCAAAUAAGAAUGUUAGUAUGAUUAAAUCCAUUUGUACAA